AUGUGGUUCCUGCUCCUGUAUUUUCAAAUAUCAGCUAUUCAAGGUCUCAAUGUGACUUUACGCGGAUCCGACAGCCCUUGUAAAGGCCGGCUGGAAGUGUAUCAUGGCGGUAAUAAGCAGUGGGGCUUGGUGUGUCAUUACGGGUGGAUAAAAGAAAAUGGAGAGGUUGUGUGUAAAUCAAUAGGGUGUGGAAAUCAUAUGCACUCUGAUGUAGAAAGGACCCGCUACAAAGAUCGACUGCUACCCCAACAAUAUUGGAUGGAUGAAGUGAAAUGCACAUCUAAAGAAGAGAGCCUUUGGAAUUGCCUAUAUGUUGGCAUAAAUGAAAAAGAAAAGUGCGAUGAAAGUAGUUUUGUUGCUGUUGAAUGCUCUGGAAAAGUUACACUGAGUUUGAAUCUGAAUGGGCAGCGUGAUAAAUGUGCUGGUGUGGUGGAGUUCUCGACACCCAACGGCAUCUUUGGGGUCUGUAAUAAUAAAUGGGAUGAAAGUAAAGCAAACAAGAUAUGUCAGGAGCUUGGUUGUGGAGAUCAUCAUUACAUCCCCAAGCUUGGAGUGUUCAAAGGACAACAGAGCGAACCAAAUGUAUUGCUUAAUUGUGUUGGCAAUGAGCAGUACUCUUGGCAGUGUAAGGAGCAGUUUGACUGCCAGGAGCGAGCCAGUGUGAUCUGCAGCAAUCACACCAGGUUCCGUCUACAAGAUGGCAGCAAUGUUUGCUCUGGGUUGGUGGAAGAGAACACUGUCAAACACAACUCAUGGAAUCCUCUUCAGCAGACGAACGUGAGGCCUGAAGUCAUCUGUACGCAACUGAACUGUGGUUCCACUGGAAACUUUACAAACGCUAAUGGAACUAACAGACUGACGUGCUCAGACAGCGUGAAACUCCACAACUUCACAACAGAGUGUUUUGGAGAUGUUUCCAUUGAUGUGAAUGGUGCUAACUAUGAAGUGUGCUACAGUGAUCAGUCCCGUGAAAAUAUGGGGGCGGUGGUCUGUCGAGAGCUUGGCUGUGGUGACAUAGUGCUUGUGAAAAAGGGCUCCGUUACUUCUAAUGGUUUGCUGAGUAAUGUUGAGUGUCAGGGCGAUGAGCGGUCACUGUGGCAUUGCCUGGCAAAUCAUGAGAAAAAACGUUGCACGGGAACCAAAGUUAUAUGUUCAGGCAGCUUGGAUGUACGUUUACGUGACGGUCUGGGUCACUGUUCUGGACGUGUAGAGGUGAAAUGGGAAGGCUCAUGGAGGCCCAUUGGCUAUGACAGGACCACUAUGAAUUCAGACGUGGUGUGUCAACAUCUCAACUGUGGUACAUCCAUUCAAAUAAAUAGAGAACUUUUCGUUGAAGGAGAAAAGGAGCCACCGGAAUGGCUAUGGAAUGUCAGGUGUAGAAGCUCUUCAGCAAAGCUCCAUGAGUGUUUCGACAAUACUAACUUGAGGAUACCAUAUCAAAACGAGAAAAACACAGAAAUCAUUUGCAAAAAGGAAGAACUUAAGUUCUUUGAAGGCAAUUCUCCCUGCGAGGGAAAAGUGUGCAUCGAGCAAUUUGAUGGUAAGACUGAUUGGCUGCCUGCUGAACCAGAGGAAGAGAAUAAGAAAAAAGCCACUGACAUAUGCAAGGCAAUGCAGUGUGGAUCUCUGGUCUUCUUUGAAACGGAGCAAAACACCACACAUGCCAAAGUCACAUGUUCAGGUACACCUCGAGUGGCACUUCAAAACCCCCUUGGAGAAAAAUGCUGGGGAAUGGUGAAGGUCUGCGGAGAUGGCACGUGUGGAGGGGUUUGCAGCAGCACUUGGAGAACAAAUGAAGACUCCAAAAUGAUCUGUGGGAACCUGGGCUGUGGAAAUCCAAUUCAGGCCCAGUUACCACUUCAGAUAAAUAAUCGACCUGCCACUUACCAUAGUGUGUACUGCUCAGAAAAAGUACGAAAUAUGAACAUGUGCAAUUUUAUUCACAACAAAAACUCCACCUGCAAAUCCCUAGCCCAAGUGAUAUGCGCAGACAGCGUCAAAGCUAGACUGGAGGAUCCAAGAGACAGAUGCGCUGGAAAAGUGUCACUGUUUUACGCUGGGAAGUGGACACCCAUCUGUCAAGAUAGUCUUGAUACAAACCUUAAAAAUGCAAUCUGCAAGGAACUAUUUUGUGGGAAGAGCAUAAAUGACGAAUAUGAUUGGAUUUCGCUUGAAGAGUCUAAAUCCACAGGACUAUCGAGAAUUAAAUGUCUGGAUAGUGCCAACUCUGUUUCCAAAUGUGACCUCGAAGGGAUUUCAGAGAAAGAAUGUAUUGUUGGCUAUCUGAAAUGCACAGAUUGGGAACGAUUGCUCCUCUAUAAUAAGGAAGGCGAAUGCAGUGGUCCAGUAUAUGGUCUGCGAGAUGGGAACACACAGCAAGUCAGCGGGCUUGGAUGGGGCAGAGAGGAAGGCCAAAAGCUGUGCGAGUAUCUACAGUGUGGAAAUUACAUAUCACACUCCACUAUAAUCAAAAACACGAAAGAGUGGUGGAAGAAGACCUAUAAUUGCUCAGGGAAGAAUAAUAUUUGGGAAUGCGAGAGUAAUGAUCAGCCCAUCCAGAAUCAGCAACAGUUAAACAUCCAGUGUGACCGAGAGGAGGAUGAAGAUGACAGAAAGAGAGAUUCUUCUGGUACAGAAUAUGAUGACAUUGAGGGACAAGCCAAUGGAAUCUCUCCUUCUCAAACCUACCAUGAUGAUGACCUCAACCUCCCUCUCCUUCCCAAGAGACCCGAGAACAUUCUUGAUCAGGACACCUAUGAAGUGGAGAUAGAGAAACAGGAGGACUAUGAUGAUGUCAUACCUGUCGAGGCUGCAGCCAAUGAAAAUGAUGAAUAUGACAGAAAGACAGGUUCUUCUGGGACAGAAUAUGAUGACAUUGAGGGACAAGCCAAUGGAAUCUCUCCUUCUCAAACCUACCAUGAUGAUGACCUCAACCUCCCUCUCCUUCCCAAGAGACCCGAGAACAUUCUUGAUCAGGACACCUAUGAAGUGGAGAUAGAGAAACAGGAGGACUAUGAUGAUGUCAUACCUGUCGAGGCUGCAGCCAAUGAAAAUGCAGGGACGACAGGCACACAAGCACAUGUAGAUGUAGACGUGGAUGAAGGUGCAGAUUCAGAUUUAGAUGCAGGUCUAGUUGCAAAUGCAGAUGCGUUAUUGGUGACCACAGAGGUAGAAGUUCACGCUCAAGCAGAGUAAUGAAGCAGCCACAUGACCAAAUUGUUAUUUUAAGUUAAUAUUA